UGAUCACAGGUGUACGAGGCAGUGGAUACACUGGAGACAUAGCCAUUGAUGACAUCUACUUUGACAUCACCAUUCCAUGCACUCUGACCCCAAGCAAUGCUCAGCCCCCUCUGUACACGACCACCAUGGCUACAACACAGGGAUUAUCAGUCACAGCCAUUCCUUCUGGAUUUCCCUGUAAUUUUGACACAAACCUUUGUGGCUGGACUCAGGAUAAGACGGAUAACUUUGACUGGCGGCGCCAAAGAGGAACCACACAAUCCAGGGGCACAGGGCCAGCCAGUGACCACACAUCAAAGACUGGGUACUACAUGUACAUUGAAACCUCAGCCCCGCGUCGGCCCGGGGACAAGGCUCGUCUGAUCAGCCCCACAAUCAAUGGCAAUUUUGCCCAGUGUGUAAGCUUCUACUACCAUAUGUACGGUCCACACGUCAAGGCCCUCAAUGUAUACCUAGCCACAGGUGCUAACGCCACCCUGGGAAGUCCUGACUGGACCAGGGUGGGGACACAGGCCAACGCAUGGGUGCUGGGACAGCUACAGAUUGCUGGAGGUUCACUCACCCAGGGAGUCACUAAUGUGAUCUUUGAGGGUGUCCGUGGCACAAGUUACCUUGGGGAUAUUGCUAUUGACGAUGUGUCUUUGACUGCAGGAAGCUGUUCACAAGCCACACCCUCCCCAAGCCCUGGCACCCAAAUGUCCACCAUUGACUGCACCUUUGAGAGUGCUGACAUCUGCAAGUAUAUACAGGACACCACAGAUCGCUUCAACUGGACACGCAAGACUCGAACCACGAAUUCUAGGUUCACAGGUCCACCCAAUGACCAUACCUAUGGCACAGCAACAGGUCAUUACAUGUACAUUGAGAGUUCAGCUCCUCGGCGUAGAGGUGAUGCAGCAAGGUUAUGGACCCCGAAAUUUAACCCCAAGGCUGGUCAGUGUAUUUCCUUCUGGUACCACAUGUUUGGCAGAACCAUGGGGACCCUCAACGUCUACGCCGCGGACAUGUCCGCCACAACCCCAGUCAUUGGCUCACCCAUCUGGUCACUCUCCGGCAACCAAGGAAACAUCUGGAUGCAGGAAUAUGUCAGCUUACCAACACCAACUGUAGCCAGUGUUAUAUUUGAGGGGGUGGUGGGAAGCGGUUACUACAGCGACAUAGCCAUCGAUGAUGUAAAACUGUUGUCCACCUGUCCUAAUCCAGGAGACUGCACUUUUGAGAACAGUUUCUGUGGCUGGAGAAACAGUAAGACAGACAACUAUGACUGGGUCCUACAGUCAGGGAAUUACAGUGGGACCUCACCCCAUCCCAGCGGAGACCAUACUUUUGGAGCUGGAAAAGGUACAUACUUGUAUAUAAAUGGAGCCAUGAGCCUCCCUCAGGGAAGCAUUGCCCAGGUUGUCUCCCCAACCCUGUCUGCCACGAGUUCUACUGGGGCGUGUAUGAGAUUCUGGUAUUAUAUCUCUGGAAGUAACACUGGGACAAUCAAUGUCUAUGUACAACAGGGUAAUGUGUCUACAUCACUGUGGUCAAUGACCUACUCCCAGAACCCUCGGUGGAGCCAGGGUCAAUUCCCUAUCAACAGCCCCACCCCCUACAGAGUUGUCUUGGAAGGGGUAUUUGGAGGUAGCAGAGGAGGCUUUCUAGCAGUUGAUGAUUUCACUGUCACAAGUGGGACAUGCCGAACAAACCCUCCUGAUGCUAUGUCUGGAUCCACCUUGGCACCACAAACAACAGUCACCACCACACAGGGACCCACAAAUGCUCCAUCCCAGUGGGACUGUAACUUUGAGUCUGGACUGUGUACCUGGACGCAGGCAAAGGACGAUCAGUUUGAUUGGACCAGAGUCCGAGGAAGCACUGGCACCCUCAACACUGGACCUACCAGUGACCACACCACAGGAAGCGGCUACUACAUCUACAUAGAGACCUCAUCCCCACGACGUGUCAACGACACGGCAAGAAUAAUCAGUCAACCCAUCAACGUAAACACCACCAUAUGUCUGAGUUUCUGGUACCACAUGUACGGUACAUCUGUACGCACCUUGAACGUUUACACGAAGGUUGGGGGUUCCCUUAGCCCUCCAGUGUGGAGUCGGACUGGAACUCGCAGCAAUAAGUGGUACCAAGCCUCAGUGGAUGUACAGAGCUCAAGGUCCUACCAGAUCGUGUUUGAGGGGGUCAGAGGGACCAGCUACAGAGGAGACAUUGCUCUAGACGACAUCUCAGUGUCCAUGGGAUCUUGUUCUGGUACUACCUCCACUGGACUUUGUACAUUUGAGGACAGAACUUACUGUGGUUAUGUGCAGGACACCCGUGAUGAUUUUCAGUGGACCUGGAAGAGCAGUAGGACCACCUCCACAGGCACUGGACCCCCCAAUGACCACACUUAUGGCACCACUUCAGGACAUUACUUUUACACUGAGUCCUCCAGACCCAGACGACCAAGACAGAAGGCGAGACUGAUCAGUCCCGAUAAUCCAGGCACCACUGGCUCCUGUGUCAGCUUCUGGUACCACAUGUAUGGCACCACCAUGGGCACGCUCAAUGUUUAUGCUCGGUCAGGCGGUGUGCUUGGAAGUCCAGUCUGGACCAAGUCUGGUAACCAAGGAAACAGUUGGUUCAAGGGACAAGUUUCUGUUAUCCAGCAGUCAACAUGGCAGUUGGUGUUUGAAGGUAUCAUUGGAAAUGGUUACCAAAGUGACAUAGCCAUUGAUGAUGUUCUAAUAAGUAGUGGAUCCUGUGGAAAUCUUGGAGAUUGUGACUUUGAAAAGGGCACAUGCACUUGGAGGAACACAAACCAAGGGGACAAUUUUGAUUGGCUAAGAAAACAGGGCCAGACCAACAGUCAGUUCACAGGACCUCAGAAUGACCACACCCAACAAAAUAACCUAGGAUAUUAUAUGUUCAUUGAAACCUCUGCCCCCAGAGUGGCCGGGGACAAGGCCUGGUUAGUCAGCCCCCAGUUCAACCCCACCACCUCCUCAGGAUGCAUGUCCUUCUGGUACCACAUGUUUGGCAACGGUGUUGGAACGUUGAAUGUUUACGUGAAUGGAAGUACAAACGUGUUGUCAUGGACACUGAGUGGAAACCAACAGAACCAAUGGAAUCAGGGACAGCUUCCUAUACCGAAAAUGUCCACUUCUUACACAGUUGUGAUAGAGGGAAUCCGAGGUGGAAACUAUCAAGGAGACAUUGCAGUCGAUGAUAUCACUUUCACAAGUACAGGAUGUGGAGUUAACCCAGCCACAGCCAAUCCCCUGAAUGCAUCCAAAACUACUCCAGUCCCUGCUACAACGACGCCUCCUCCAUUUGUUUCCCAGUCUCAGUAUGACUGUGAUUUUGAGACCAAUUACUGUAGCUGGAAGCAGGACAUGUCGGAUGUAUUCAACUGGACUCGUGCUCAGGGACCCACCGGCUCAGUCAACACUGGACCAACCAAUGACCACACCAAGCAAAACCCACAAGGCUGGUACGUUUUCAUUGAGAGUUCUAGUCCCCGACACUUGAAUGACAGUGCCCGACUGGUGUCUGCUACUGUCCCUGCCAACCAACAGUACUGUCUGCAGUUCUACUACCACAUGUAUGGAGCCAACAUCAACAGCCUCAAUGUCUACCUCAAGAAAAAUGGACGACUUGGAAAUGCUGUUUGGAACAAACAUGGUACCCAAGGAAACCGUUGGAACAAGGGCCAGCUGCCAAUUGCUGCUCAAACCACAGCUUUCAACAUUGUCUUUGAGGGUUUGGUUGGAACAGGCUACCGUGGAGACAUUGGUUUAGAUGACAUCAAGCUAAUCACUGGAGCCUGCCCAUCGGCUGGUGGAAUUGCGUGUACUUUUGAGAGCCCCAACUUGUGUGGCUGGACUCAGGACAAGACAGAUCAGUUCGACUGGACACCUAAAGCAGGCCAUACCACCUCAUCAGGAACAGGGCCCUCGGCAGACCACACCUCAGGAACAGCCACUGGUAAAUACAUCUACAUUGAGACCAGUGCCCCUCGCCGCCGUGGAGACAAGGCCCGUAUUCUGAGUCCCCAGGUCCCGGGUGGUUCUCCUCUGUGCUUCCAGUUCUUUUACCACAUGUACGGACCACACAUUGGAACGCUGAAUGUUUUUGUCAAAUCUGUUCAACUCAAUGGAACCCAAACAGUCUGGACAAAAAGCCUCAACCAAGGCAACAAGUGGGUGUUUGCCCAAGUGACUAUUCCUCAAGUGUACACCAACUACCAGGUUGGGUUUGAGGGUGUAGUUGGGUCUGGAUAUGCUGGAGACAUUGCAGUGGACGAUGUCACAACUUUAGCUCGUCCCUGUGGCAGCUCCCAAACUUCUUGUGAUUUUGAGAGCACAUGUUCCUGGACAAAUGCCCAAACAGGAGACCAAUUUGAUUGGCUGCAAGGUAAAGGAGGAACAACAAGUCGGCUGACAGGACCCAGCAAUGACCACACACUCGGAAACUCUGCAGGUCAUUACCUGUUUAUUGAGUCCUCUGCACCUCGCCGACCAAACGACAGAGCCCGCCUGGUCAGCCCUGUUUAUCAGGCCACCGCCACAAAGUGCCUCAACUUCUGGUUCAGUAUGUACGGCUCAGACAUCGGACAUCUGAGGGUGUUUGUUCAGCCACAGAACGGUACCGCAGUCAGGAUCUGGGACUUGUUUGGUGACCAAGGCUCGCAAGACUGGAAACAGGGAAGAGUGGCUUACUACAGUACCACACCGUUCACUCUGAUAAUUGAGGCACAGAGAGGCAAUGGCUAUAAGGGAGACAUAGCCAUUGAUGAUAUAUCUAUCACUGACUCAUACUGUCCGAUUACACCUCCGGCAGCCUCCACUCCGAACUCUCCAUACACACCGGCUCCUGCCAUGACCACAGCAGUUACACCUCCAGCCCAAGCUUCACCAUUUGAUUGCAAUUUUGAGAGUGGCAUAUGUUCCUAUACUCAGGACAGAUCCGAUAGAUUUGAUUGGACGAGAGCAAAUGGACCAACCGGAUCAGCCAACACUGGACCAUCCAUUGAUCACACCUUUAGUAAUGCCUCUGGACACUACAUGUUCAUUGAAACCUCUAGUCCAAGACGACCCAACGACACGGCCCGCCUCAUCUCUCAGACUGUGACUCCCACCAGUGGCGCCUGUCUGCGGUUCUGGUACCAUAUGUAUGGCACCCACAUCAAUACCCUCAAUGUCUACACCAAGAGUGGUGGACAACUGGGAACUCCAGUUUGGAGCCACACAGGAACCCUGGGUAAUCAGUGGAACCAAGCAGUUGUCAACAUUGUCAAUGCCCAGAACUUCCAGCUGGUGUUUGAAGGAGUACGUGGCAUCAGUUACCGUGGAGACAUAGCUCUUGAUGACAUCACAUACUCCUACCAACCUUGCCCCACAGGAUCAAGUUACAGCUGCAACUUUGAGGAUACCAAAAUCUGUGGUUAUACCAAUGUACGAGGGAAUGACACAUUCGAUUGGAGAAGAUUUGCCGGUAGAACUGGCAGUUCCUUCACUGGCCCCACCAGUGAUCACACCUAUGGAACUGCAAGAGGACAUUACAUGUACACGGAGUCCAGCGCCCCCCGGCGACGAGGGGACAAAGCCUGGUUGGUCAGUCCCGUCUACCCAUCUACGAUUGGAUCAUGCCUACAAUUCUACUACCAUAUGUAUGGCACCAAUAUUGGAACUCUCAAUGUGUAUCUACAGACUGGUUCAGGUUCACAAAAAAUGUGGAGUAAAAAUGGCAACCAAGGCAACAAAUGGUUGCUAGCUCAAACUACCAUCCAAUCAACUACUAGCAACUAUAGUAUUAAUUUUGAGGGAAUAAUUGGUAAUGGAUACCGAGGGGAUAUUGCUAUUGAUGAUGUAUCUGUUACACCAGGAACCUGUACCCUUCCAGGGAACUGUGACUUUGAAACGAGAACUUUCUGCACCUGGGUGAAUCUACAGAACGAUGACUUUGAUUGGUUGGUUGGGAGUGGAGGCACCGCUAGUUCUUUCACUGGACCUCAACAAGACCACACUGUUAAUCAGGACCAAUCUGGUCAUUACGCCUUCAUCGAGUCCAGUGCUCCCCGAGUCCCAGGGGAUGUGGCCCGCCUCCAGAGUACCCAGUUCCAGGCCUCCACCCAGUGCCUCCACUUCUGGUACCACAUGUAUGGCUCCGGCAUUGGUACCCUCAAUGUUUAUGUUGUAACUUCCAGUGGCAACAAGACAGUAUGGUCCUUGUCUGGAAAUCAGGCCAACUCUUGGAACUCUGCUCAGGUUGCAGUCACCAGUAACACACAGUACAAUGUGGUGUUUGAAGGUAUUCGUGGCUCUUCUUACCAAGGAGAUAUGGCAAUUGAUGACAUCACCUUCUCUGGGGACAACUGUGCUUUGCAACCAAGCAGUGCUAACCCUGCCAUACAGAGUACCACUCCUAAACCAGUGAGCACCACCACCGCUGCAGUGGCGACACCAGCUCCAACUGUCUACGAUUGCAACUUUGAGAAAGGUUUAUGUCAGUGGACACAGGUAGUGGGAGGGGACCAGUUUAACUGGACUCGAGCCCAGGGCCCCACAGGGACUGCACUGACAGGACCCACCAAUGACCACACAACCGGAACACGCAAUGGUUGGUAUGUGUAUAUUGAGUCAUCUGCACCAAGGAGACCUGGAGACAAGGCACAGUUAGCGAGUCCCUUAAUCUCUGACCAACAAACUCGCUGCCUCAGCUUCUGGUACCACAUGUACGGUACCCAUGUCAACACACUGAAUGUCUAUCUACAAAGUGGAUCCCCUGGCUUGGGCACACCACUGUGGACCAAGAAAGGGACUCAGGGAAAUAAGUGGAUUCAGGGACAAGUUACUAUCACACCGUCCAAUGCAUACCAGGUCAUCUUUGAAGGUGUCAGGGGCACCAGUUACCGUGGAGAUAUUGCCAUUGAUGACGUGAGAUUGUCUUUGGGACCAUGCCAGACCACUGGAGUUGAUCCAAUGGCAUGCGAUUUUGAAUCCAACACAUUGUGUGCAUACCUACUGAAACUUCCUACAGAGAGGUUCACCUGGACUAGGCAUGCUGGAAGAACUGCCACAUCUGGAACAGGUCCAAGCGCUGAUCACACCUUGGGCACCCCUCAGGGACAUUAUGUGUUCAUGGAAUCCUCCGCUCCCAUGGCCCCCAACAACACUGCCCACUUAAUCAGUCCCCAGUACACUCCUCAAAACCCUGGAUCCCCGAUCUGUUUGACAUUUUACUACCAGAUGUAUGGACAGAAUGUAGGCACUCUUAAUUUGUAUCAAACCAAUGGAGGAACCUCUCCUGGUGCUCAACCAAUAUGGAGUCGAAACUUCGACCAGGGACAGCCUUGGCACCAAGGGCAGGCCACUCUCAAUCCUUCAGGAACCUACAGAGUUAUCUUUGAGGGAGUUCGAGGAAAUGGAUAUAAAGGGGAUAUCGCUAUUGAUGACAUUUCUAGUUCACCAGGAGCAUGUCAAAGUCUUGGAGCCUGCGACUUUGAAUCGUCUUGCAGCUGGUCUAACACUCAAGCAAAUGAUAAUUUUGAUUGGCUGGUCUCCAGUGGUAAGACCACCAGUCGGUUUACUGGUCCACCAUUUGACCACACAUUCCAAAAUGCCUCAGGCCACUACAUCUACCUAGAAAGCAGUGCCCCACGAGUUCAGGGAGACAAGGCCAGAUACAUCAGUCAGGCUUUCCCUGCCCAGAGUAACGCUGCCUGUCUGAGCUUCUCCUUCUACAUGUAUGGAGCAAACAUUGGAUCACUCGGUGUGUAUGUUCUCACAAACACAACAGCCGAUUCUCUCACGAAUGAGGCCAGACUGUGGAAACUAUAUGGAGCAGCAGGAAAUAGUUGGAUGCAGGGACAGAUGAACAUUCCCACCCAGUACUCUAGCAAACCCUUCCAGUUGAUGUUCGAGGGUAUUCGUGGUAACGGUUACCAAGGUGAUAUCGCUGUUGACGACAUCUCGGUGGAUCUGACUUCAGGCUGUGUAACAUCGCCGGAUUAUCAGGGUUACCAGGACAUUUCAUGUAACUUUGAUUAUAAUGGAAUCUGCAACUGGCAGCAGAGUGUGAACGACACGUUUGAUUGGUCACUCAAUAAUGGCACCACCCCAAGUCAAGGAACUGGACCACAGCAAGAUCACACCCAGGUUCAAAAUCCUAACGGUGGAACAUCAGUUGGCAACUAUCUCUACAUAGAAGCAUCAUCCAAAAAAUAUUCGGACAAUGCCGUUCUGUUGUCUCCUCUGAUUCCCCCCACUGGCCUCUCUGGGUACUGCUUCACUUUCUGGUAUCACAUGUUUGGACCACACAUCGGAGUCCUCAGUGUCUACAGCAUGAUUGGAGGAAGGAAGAUCCUCCAGUUCACCAAAGGGGGCACCCAAGGGAACAAGUGGAAUCAGGCUGUUAUCAAUGUUAACAGCACCACUGACUUCAUGUUGAUGAUCCAGGCCUUUGUAGGCAAUGGUUGGGCAGGAGACAUUGCCAUUGAUGAUAUAAACUUUGAUACACAGCCUUGUGUCAACUCUUCACUACCGCAAACACCUUCAACUUUAACCCACUGUGACUUUGAGACGGGUACAUGUGGGUGGAUACAAGAUACAACCGAUGACUUUGAUUGGCUCAGACACUCCAACAGUACAGGUAGCUUUGGCACAGGCCCAGUAGGAGACCACACCACAGGAGCUGGCACAGGAUACUAUAUGUACAUCGAGGCCUCAAGACCCAGAACAAGUGGACAGAAAGCUCGUUUCCUGAGCCCUAACCUCCCCAGUUCUAAUGGGGAAUGCUUGACAUUCUACUAUAACAUGAAUGGAAGAACCAUGGGUACCCUCAAUGUGUACACACAGGCCUCAGGGUCACUGGGCAGUCCAGUCUGGACCAAGUCUGGGAACCAGGGUAGCAAGUGGCAGGUGGCUCAGGUCACCCUGCAGAGUUCCAGCCAAUUUCAGGUUGUGUUUGAGGGUGUGAUCGGCUCCUCUUACUUCAGCGACAUUGCCAUUGAUGAUAUUUCCAUUGUCCCUGGCGCCUGCGCAACUCCUGGCUCAUGUAACUUUGAGCAGGGACUCUGUGGCUAUUCCAAUGUCCAAGGCGAUGAAUUUGAUUGGACAAGAUCCCAAGGACUGUCUCCCUCCUUCUACACUGGGCCCAAUGUAGAUCACACCACAAACUCAGGCUCUGGAUAUUAUGUGUUCAUUGAGAGUAGUAACCCCCAGAAGCAGGGAGACCGGGCCUGGCUCAAGAGUUCCAGUCUUUCUGCCACCACAGGCAAAUGUCUACAGUUCUGGUACAGCAUGUAUGGCUCUGGCAUUGGAACACUCAACGUGUACCUGAUGUAUGGGUCCACCAACAGGACAAUCUUCACAGCCUCGGGAAACAAAGGUCAAGGGUGGUUUAAAGGUCAAGCAACAAUAUCUGCAAAUUCGGCCUAUAACAUUGUGUUUGAGGGUGUCCGAGGAAGAGACUACCAUGGAGACAUUGCCUUGGAUGACAUCAGUCUAUUGGAUGGAACCUGUAACUUACAGACCACACCCUCAUCAGUGUCCACUCCCCCCACCCCUGGACCUUCAGCAGCUCCUUUGUUGAGUUGUAACUUUGAGAGAGAUCUGUGUAACUGGCAGCAGGACAAGACGGAGAAUCUGGACUGGACUCGUGACUCUGGGGGCACCGCCUCAUCAGGCACUGGUCCUUCAUUUGACCACACUACAGGGGGCAAGUCUGGUUACUACAUCUACACUGAGGCUAGCGUGAACAACAACAAAACAGCCCGACUCCUCAGUCCACCCUUGCGAGUGUCCACAAUCGUGUGUGUCAACUUCUGGUACCACAUGUAUGGUGCUAAUGUCAACAGGAUUAACCUGAGACUGAAGCAUGGUGGGGCUCUCGGUCAGCCGUUGUGGACCAAGAUCGGAAAUCAAGGAAAUCGGUGGUUUAAUGCCAAGGUCGAUGUGAUGCCCCAAAAUGGAGAUCUGGUGGUUUUCGAAGGCAUAACUGGGCGUGGAUAUCAAGGCGAUAUGGCGCUGGAUGACGUCUCAAUUCUAAAUGGUCCCUGCACCAACGGACCAUCUGCUUUCUGUGACUUUGAAGAUGCCAGCAUUUGUAACUAUCAACAGGAUCCUACAGACAAUUUUGAUUGGACAAGAAAAGCUGGUCGCACCACUUCAAGUGGAACUGGACCAACCAAUGACCAUACCUAUGGCACAAGUGCAGGUCACUACAUGUUCACUGAGUCCUCAGCCCCCAGGAGGCCGGGAGACAAGGCCCGACUACUCAGUCCCCAGUACCCCUCCACCAAUGGUCAGUGCCUGACCUUCUGGUACCACAUGUACGGGUCCUCCAUCGGAACUCUAAAUGUCUACACUAGCUCCUUCAACAAGCUCAGUCCAGCUUUGUUUACAAUCUCUGGUAACCAAGGCAACCAAUGGCGCAAGGCUCAGAUGACCAUUCAAGUGCAAGAGCAAUACAAAAUUGUGUUUGAGGGAAUAAGAGGAAGUGGCUACCAAGGAGACAUUUCUAUCGAUGACAUAAAACUUGUCCCCGGAUCAUGUGCAGGAGUGGCUAGUUGUGACUUUGAAUCCGAUCUCUGUGGCUGGACCCAGAGACAAGACGACAAAUUUGAUUGGAUAAGGCGAUCUGGUCACACUCCCUCGGUUCUAACUGGGCCUGGAGUUGAUCACACAAUUGGAUCUGCAUCAGGUUUCUAUCUGUACGUGGAAUCCAGUGCACCAAGGAAGCCAGGUGACAAUGCAGUCAUCUCGUCUCAGAUCAUUCCGGUGGCCCCAUACUGCUUCAGAUUCUGGUACUUCAUGUAUGGGUCCAAUGUGGGAAGUCUGAACAUCUCCCAAGUCAUUACCUCAGGCGGCACCACCAAUAAACAGCUCAAGUGGAGCAAGAGUGGAGAUCAAGGUUCUAAGUGGAUGCAAGGCAAUGUCAGCAUGAGCAAUGCCUAUGCUGACUUCUAUAUUUAUGUGGAGGCUGAUAUAGGUGGCGGUAAUCAAGGAGACAUUGCAGUGGAUGAUUUCAUCCUUGACAGCUUUGAAUGCUCCGCAGAACCAAACACCAAUGGCAGCUUUGCCUGUAACGAUCCAUUGAAAGUCAUGAUUCCACAAUCCAAGGUCUGUAACUUUAUCAGGGAUUGUUCCAAUGCAGCAGACGAAACCAACUGUGGUGCCUGUGACUUUGAACAAGACUUCUGCUCCUGGGUCGCUACAGGAACCGGGUCGUUUGGCUGGUUCCGAGGAGCCAAUCAAACGGCCACUUCUAACACCGGUCCCCAGUAUGACCACACCAUUGGAAACGCUGCAGGCCACUACUUGUACGUUGACGCCAGCUACGGCUCCAUCACCAGUCAGGCUGAGCUCACAGGACCCACUUUACACGGCUGCAGCACCACCUGUCAGUUCCAGAUGUGGUACAACAUGUAUGGAACAGGAAUAGGAAAAUUGAUAGUUCUGAUGAAGGAAAACAAUAGAGUCACUGAAAUUUGGAGGAAAACUGGCAACCAAGGUCGAAACUGGCAGAAGGCAACCAUUGACAUUGGACGUGUGGAUGGAGCCUUCCAGCUUUUAAUCCGAGCAACACGCACUCUCAGUGUCCAAGGAGACAUUGCCAUUGAUGAUCUUCAGUUCAUAAACUGCAACUAUCCAGCUCGACAAGCUUCGUGUCCUUCUCCUAACCAGUUCCACUGCACGGUCAACAAAGGGUGCAUUGCUAACAACCAGAGAUGUGACUUCAAUGAUGACUGUGGGGAUGGCUCAGAUGAAGACCCGACUACUUGUGGUAACUACCCUGCAUCUUGCAACUUUGAGAGAAGUAUCUGUAGCUGGACACAAGAUAAGCUGGAUAAGUUUGACUGGACCAGAGCUAAUGGUCACACCUCAACUUAUGGAACCGGUCCUUCCAGAGACCAUACUCGGGGAACUGCCUCGGGCUAUUACAUGUUUAUUGAGUCCUCAUCCCCUCGCAGACGAGGAGACAAGGCGCGACUUCUCAGCCCUCUCUUCAGGGCUGUUCCUCCAAAUAGUAACUCCUGCUCUCUGAGGUUCUUCUACCACAUGUUUGGCAGAGGCAUCGGAUCUCUGAAUGUUUACACCAGGGAAACAGUCACGGGACCCAUGAACAAGAUCUGGUCCAAAUCAGGAAAUGUGGGAGACUAUUUUGAAAGAGUGGACCUUGUUAUUAAUGAAACCAGAUCAUUCCAGGUCGUGAUAGAGGGAGUUGUUGGCAGUUAUCUAGGAGACAUUGCAAUAGACGAUGUAUCCAUGACACCUGGCUGUGUCCUGAUGAAUGGCCCAGGUAUCACCUUACCCUCAGGAAGUCCCCCUCCGGCCACCACCCCCAACCCCUGCGGUAACAACAGUGUUGCCUGUAAAUCUGGACAGUGUAUUCCGGCCUCCCAGCUCUGUGACUUCACCCCUCAGUGUUCAGAUGGAUCAGAUGAGUCCAGUUGUGGUACCUGUAACUUUGAGAAUGGUCAGUGUGGAUGGAACGAUGUCAGCAGUGGUCGCUACAACUGGCACAUCUUCCAGGGCUCCUCCCCAGGAACUGGUGGUCCCAAGACUGACCACACCAAUGGAACUGCUGCCGGUCACUACAUGCUGGUAGAGGGUGCCACAGGAGUCUUCUACAGUCGAGCCCGCAUGGAGACGCCACCUUUUGGAGCCACUGGACCAAGUUGUCGUGUCACUUUCUACUACCACAUGUUUGGACUUGGAGCAGGAAACAUUCGUGCCCUUCUUGUCAACAGCAAGAACCCCAGUGACAAGACGUACAUAUUCUCCCAGACCAACAACCAAGGCAGCGGCUGGCAGCAGGGAAGUGCUGACAUUGGGCAGCUUGCUGCUGGCUACAAGUUGCAAUUUGAGGCAAAUCCCACAAAGUCUUUUGCGCCCAACUCUGGUAUCCCUAACUCUGACAUGGCUAUUGAUGAUGUCACAUUCCAGCAGUGUAACCCUGUAGCCAUAUUUAAUUCAACAACAAAUGCCUUGAACUGUACAUUUGAGUCUGGAUGGUGUGGAUAUACACAAGAUCAGAAGGAUGAUUUUGAUUGGUCAAGAACAAACAUCAGUUCUCCUACCAUAGGCACAGGACCUGACAGGGACCACACUACUGGACAUGGAUUCUAUAUCUACAUGGAGACCUCCUCCCCUAGACGUCCAGGUGAGAGGGCCGUGAUUUCAUCAGGGAUCAACAAGGCCACCCCAAGUGCUGGCAUGUGUCUGAGCUUCUGGUACCACAUGUUUGGAGCCCAUGUCAACACACUGAAUGUCUACCAACAGAUUCCAAGUGGAGCAAAGACUCUGAUUUGGACUCGAUCCGGAACUCAGGGAAAUGUGUGGAAGCAGGGACAACAAACUGUCAAAAGCUCCCAGGCUUACGAGAUUGUGUUUGAGGGAGUUGUAGGAACCAGUUGGCAAGGUGACAUUGCUCUAGAUGAUAUCAGUGUUGUGAAUGGUCCAUGUCCUCCCAAACGUAUGUGUGACUUUGAGGCUGGAUUCUGUGACUGGACACAAGACAUGAAUGACCAGUUUGAUUGGACGAGAAAAAGAAAUGGAACGCUUUCAAAAUUCACAGGUCCACCAUAUGACCACACUACCGAGAGUCAGUACGGUUACUUUAUCUACAUUGAGUCGUCGGCUCCCAGAAGUCGGGGAGACAAGGCUAGACUCGUCAGCGCUGUGUACCCACCAGCUCCCAAUGGAGACUGUCUACAGUUCUGGUACUACAUGCAGGGAAACAACACAGGCAGUCUGAAUGUGUAUCUCCGCCCCAACGACGGUAGCCGAGACAAGUUGCUGUUCAGGAGAGUGGGCAACCAAGCCGUGGAACUGUGGCUCUACCAGUCACAGACAAUCAAGUCCAAUGUUGUCUACCAGAUUGUGUUUGAGGGAGUGAUAGGAAAUGGAUACAUGGGAGACACAGCUCUGGAUGACAUCAAGAUCCUGCGUGGUCAGUGCCCCCCACCAGGCUACUGUGAUUUUGAGGUGGACACUUGUGGCUACAGUAACACACGAGCAGGAGAUGACUUUGAUUGGCAGAGGAGUGCAGGCGCCACAUUGACCGCGAACACAGGACCCACAGUGGACCACACAACAGGAUCAGACAGAGGAUUCUACAUGUACAUUGAGUCAACUGGACGAAACCGUGGCCAAAGGGCCUGGUUCUACAGCCAGUACUUCCCUCCAAGCAACAGCUCUUGUAUUACCUUCUGGUACAACAUGAAUGGACCCAAUGUGGGAGCCCUUCGCCUUUACAAACCUGACCCCACAAGAACCGUGAUGCUGUGGAACGCCACUGGUAACCACCAGAAUAUCUGGCUACAAGCCAAUGUGGAUGUCAGGAGCUCCACUUGGUUCCAGAUCACGUUCGACGGUGAAGUAGGAAAUGGCUUUUCAGGAGACAUUGCUAUAGACGAUGUUUCCCUCAGAAGUGGAACAUGUGCUUCACAAACCACUGCCAUGACAACCCCAAUGGUUGCAACCACUGUGUCCUACCCUCCUACAAAAUACGACUGUACAUUUGAUGGCCCAACUGCCUGCCAGUGGACACAGGACAGCAGUAACGACCAAUUUGAUUGGAGGAUUCAUUCUGGAGGAACCUCUUCAGGUUUCACAGGACCUAAGUAUGACCACACCCUUCAAAACAGCAGGGGUAAAUACAUCUACACCGAGUCCAGUGGACGACGACCCAAUGACACAGCAAGAUAUGUAAGUCCCCAGAUGACCAUAGACAGCACUGGAAGCUGUAUCAAGUUCUGGUACAGCAUGUACGGAUCGGACAUCAACAGACUCAAUUUGUAUGCCAUGAUGAAUGGUAACCUGGGACCUGUCAUUUGGAGAAAGAUUGGAAACCAAGGAGCGCAGUGGAAAUUUGCUUCGGUCUUCAUCAACUUGGCUUCAUUCACUCCCCCUCAGUCCUCACCAACAAGCAUACAGGUUGUGCUGGAGGGUGUUGUAGGCAAGGGAUACAAAGGAGACAUCGCUGUUGAUGACAUCUUUGUCAACACAGGAGCUUGCCCACCAUCUGAUACAUGUGACUUUGAGGAAAGCAACAUUUGUGGAUACACUCAAGAUAAAACAGAUGAUUUUGAUUGGACAAGAGAUAAUGGCGGCACUACCACCCGUGGAACAGGUCCCAGUGCAGACCAUACCUAUGGAACUAAAGAAGGUUACUACAUGUACAUUGAGACCUCUGCCCCCCGUCUCCCCGGUCAGAAGGCCCGCCUCCUGUCCCCAACAUUCCCACCCACUACUGGCCGAUGCAUGACCUUCUUCUACCACAUGUACGGCUCUGUCGGAACUCUAAAUGUACGCCUGUUCUCCCAGGGAACUCUUCAACCAGUGAUCUGGACCAGAUCCAGGAAUCAUUACAACUUGUGGCGGAUUGGUCAGGUCACAGUCAACAGUGAUUCACCUUAUCAGAUAACAUUUGAGGGAAUCCGGGGAAGAACUUACCUUGGAGACAUAGCCAUUGAUGACAUCAGCAUUGUUGACGGAGCUUGUCCAGCUCCAGGUAGUUGCAACUUUGAGACCAAUUUCUGCACCUGGACUAAUACACAAACAGGGGAUGAUUUUGAUUGGCUACGAAAUAAGGGAGCCACUGGAAGUGCAAGAACAGGACCCUCAAUAGAUCACACUGUUGGAAAUGCCAAUGGAUACUAUGCUUACAUCGAAGCCUCAGCUCCUCGUAAACCAGGUGACAAAGCCAUUCUUCAGUCCACAUCAUUGCAGGCCACAUCAUCCAGCUGUCUCUCUUUCUGGUACUUCAUGUAUGGGACACAAGUGGGCUCGCUCAGUGUACGGCAAGAGUACCUGGGCUCUGUCAACUAUGGCACCGCCAUACCUUUGUGGUCCAUGACGGGUAACACUGGGCAGAAAUGGAUCCAAGCCAGUGUCAAUGUUACUAGCAGAGUAGAGUAUAUUUUGACCUUUACAGGAGUUGAAGGUCAAGGGUACGCAGGAGAUAUUGCCAUUGAUGAUAUCACCCUGACCUCAGGAUCUUGUUCAGGGUCACUUGGCCCAAUAACUCUAGCCUGUGGAGAUGGAACCACUUAUACCAAGAAUCAACAAUGUGACUUCAAUAAAGACUGCUCAAAUGGAGCAGAUGAGAAGAAUUGUGGUAACUGUACCUUUGAUGGAGUGUCGGGACUUUGUGGCUGGUUUGACAACAGUGCUGGUUCAUUCCGCUGGGAACGACACAACAACGGAACAGAGACUGCCAACACAGGACCAUCCAAUGACCACACCUAUGGAGAUGCCACUCACUACUACAUGUAUGUGGAUGCCAGCAAUGGAGUCACUAACUCAAGAGCUACCCUCAGAGGGCCAACCCUCCAACAAGCAUCCGAUACUUGUCAGAUGUCAUUUUACUAUCACAUGUAUGGUACUCGAAUUGGUAGACUCUAUGUUUACAUUGUUUCUGGAGGAACACCAACACUACUCUCUUCAAUUUCUGGAAGUCAUGGUAACCAGUGGAAUGCCUACACCGUCAACAUUGGUCGCAGAUCUUCUCCGUUCAACAUCGAGUUCCGAGCUUAUCGCAGCUACACAGUAAUUGGAGACAUUGGAAUUGAUGAUGUUUCAUUCCUGAAUUGUGGACUGCCACCCAUACAAAGCUCUUGCCCCUCUAAUCAGUUCACUUGCCAGAGAGGAUCAUGUGUUGAUAUGUCCAGAGUGUGUGACUAUACUGAUGAUUGUGGAGACAACACUGAUGAGAUUGGGCCAAAUGCACACUGUGAUCAACUUCCAGCACGUUGUGAUUUCUCCACUUCUCUGUGUGACUGGGUACAAGAUCGGGGAGAUAAAUUUGACUGGAGCAGACGCAAUGCUCCCACUCCAUCAAUUUCCACUGGACCCACAAGGGACCAUACCACUGGACUACGAACUGGAGGAUUCAUCUACAUAGAGUCAUCCAGACCAAGACGACGAGGAGAUAAUGCUUUACUUCUCAGCAGUAUGUACAACACUGCCCAAAGCCAAGACCACUGCACAUUUACCUUCUAUUACAACAUGAAUGGUCGAACCAUGGGAACUCUGAAUGUGUACACCAAGGACUCCAACAACCAUAUCAGUAAAGUCUACACUGUUUCAGGAAAUAGGGGAGAUGUGUGGGUGAAAACUGUAGUCAAUUUGAAUAGUCCAUAUCCAUUCCAGAUCCUGCUGGAAGGAGUUGUAGGCAGUGGAUACUACAGCGACAUUGCUAUUGAUGACACCGUUUUCAGUAAAGGCUGCAAAAAGCUAAACCAGACAUUUGCCACUGCUGUAACCAUUCCUCCAACUGCUCCUACUGCCAACCCUUGUGGAAGUGGACAAUUUCAAUGUGCUGACCAGUCUACUUGUAUCUCAUCUCAAAAGGUUUGUGACUGGAAUCCAGAUUGUACAGAUGGGUCCGAUGAGGCAACCUGUGGACCUUGUAAUUUUGAGAGUGGACUUUGUGGAUGGAGUGACCUAAGCACUGGGCGCUUUAACUGGACCAGGCAUGCUGGAUCACAGAACAGUGGAUCUGCUGUUGGACCACUCACUGAUCAUAGCACCAAUACUUCAGGGGGACAUUAUGCUUAUGUGGAAGGAACAUAUGGAGUUUAUUUGAGCCGAGCUGUGUUACAAAGUCCUGCCCUCCCACCUGCAGCAGACACAUGUGAAAUGUACUUCUAUUACAAUUUGAAUGGCAGGAAUACUCUUAUUGUAAGUGCAGUGGUAAACAACACUAAGAAAUCUUUGCUGUUAUUGUCUGGAAAUCACGGAGCAUCAUGGAAGAAGGGAACUGGAUACAUUGGGAAAGCCCUUGGCAAGACAACUGGACAGUUCAGAAUCCUCUUUGAAGUCCUUCCAUCCAGAUCUGCAGGUUCCUCUUCAUCCUCAGAUGCAGCUAUCGAUGACAUCACUUUUGCUAAUUGUUAUCCUCUUGCUCCACCACCAAACCUUGCCUGUGACUUUUCUAAUGACUUCUGUAACUGGAAUCAAGCUUUGGAUGAUGACUUUGACUGGACCAGGUUAAAUGGAACCACCAAGAGUGCAGGGACAGGGCCUAAAUUUGACCACACAACAGGAACAGGGCAAGGGUUCUAUGCAUACAUUGAGACUUCAGCUCCUAGACACAGAGGAGAUGUGGCUAUUUUAGAUAGUGCCAAUUUGCCUCCAACUCUACCUGGAGGCCACUGUCUGACAUUCUGGUAUUACAUGUUUGGAAACAACAUUGGUAGUCUUAAUAUUUACUUGGUCACAAACUCUAACAGAACCCUGUUUUGGUCCAGAAAUGGAACCCAAGGAGAUGCCUGGAAAAAAGCACAAAGACAGAUUAUCUCCAGUACAGACUUUAGAAUAUCAGUUUAUGGUGUUGUAGGCAAUGGGUACCAAGGAGAUAUUGCAAUUGAUGAUUUUAACAUCACCAAUGGUGCUUGUCCACCUCAACCAGGAUGUGAUUUUGAGGAAGGAAACUUCUGUGAUUGGACAAACUCUUUGAUGGAUGAUUUUGAUUGGACCAUUGGCCAAAAUGGCACAGCUUCAAGAGGAACAGGUCCACCAUUUGAUCAUACCUUUGGAUCAAGUACAGGUCAUUUUGCAUACAUAGAGAGCUCAGCACCACGACGACCAAAUGAUGAAGCCAUUCUAGUCAGUAAAUUCUUUGAUGGUGGAGCUGCAAGAUGUCUCAGAUUCUGGUACCAUAUGUAUGGAGCCAGCAUUGGUUCACUAAAUGUUUACCAAGGAGCCAAUGGUUCUCAGAUCCCAAAUCAGGUAUGGACGAGAAAUGGAAACCAAGAAAACAUAUGGAGAAGAGCCAUAGUACCAUUGAAUAGAUUAACUGGAAAACAAUACCAGAUUCUCAUUAAAGGAGUCAGAGGAGUUGGCUAUACUGGGGACAUUGCCAUUGAUGAUUUGAUGGUGACAGAUGGACAGUGUCCUCCAGAUGGAUCUUGUGACUUUGAACAGGAUACAUGUGGAUGGACAAAUGCAUUGAGUGGUGAUGAUUUUGACUGGCUCAGGGAUAAUGGAGGUACACCAUCAUCUACAACAGGUCCAAGUGUGGACCACACAAUAGGAACAAAAGCUGGCUACUACAUGUACAUUGAAUCCUCUGGAGGUAAUAGGAAAGUCGGAGAGAAAGCUUGGCUAGUAAGUGAUAUUCUCACAAGUACCAUGGGCAACUGCCUUUAUUUCUGGUAUCACAUGUAUGGUGCAGGAAUUGGGUCUCUGAAAAUCUACAAACAGGACUUCUUCAACAAACAGAAAACCUUGGCUUUUAGCCUUAGUGGCAAUCAAGGAAAUGCAUGGCACCAAGCCUCUGUCAACUUUGUUUCUAACCAUGAGUAUACUAUCAUCUUUGAAGGAGUGUAUGGUGGGAAUUACACUGGUGAUAUUGCCAUAGAUGAUGUUCUAAUUUCUGCCAGUCCUUGUUCUGCAACUACACCAACACCCGCUGUCUCCAUGGCUACUACCCCUGCUGUGUUCCCCAAAACUGCUGUAGAUUGUGAUUUUGAGUCAGGAUUUUGCUCUUGGAAUCAGGGUGCAGGAGCUGAUUUCAACUGGACAAUGAAAAAUGGAAAAACAAACUCGGGCAACACUGGGCCAUUAGCUGAUCACACUUUGAAAAAUAGUCUUGGUCAUUAUAUUUACAUUGAGGUGUCAGGGAAACUCCCCAACACUACAGCACGAUUGAUAAGUCCUUCAGUCUAUGUUAGAACUGCUGGUGUUUGUCUGAAGUUCUGGUACAACAUGUAUGGAGCUCAUGUCAAUAACCUCAACCUUUAUUAUCAGAGUGUUUCCUCUGCAAGCAACAAACGUUUACUCUGGAACAAACAUGGAAACCAAGGUUCUGACUGGAAAUAUGCUCAAGUACACCUACAGAGUCAAGGACAGAUGAGGUUUGUGUUUGAGGGUGUGGCAGGUAUAAGCUAUCAGGGAGAUAUUGCUCUAGAUGACAUCACACUAAAUCAGGGCUUGUGUCCAGGAUCACCGACUUGUGAUUUUGAGGAUGGAAUGUGUGGAUAUACCCAGGAUGUUUCGGAUCAGUUUAACUGGAUUUUGCAUUCCUCAGGAACAACCAGUACAGGAACAGGACCAACUAGUGAUCACACAUAUGGAACAAGACAAGGACAUUAUGUUUAUAUUGAGUCUUCUGCUCCAAGGAGAAGAGGUGACAAAGCAAGAAUUGACAGUCCAAGCUAUCCAGCCACAACUGGAACUGGGUCUUGUCUUACCUUUUGGUAUAGUAUGUAUGGAAGAAACAUUGGUGCACUUAAUCUUUAUCUCAGACAAGGAACGUCCAGUCAGCUCCGAACUCCUAUAUGGACCAUGUCAGGAAAUCAAGGCAACAAGUGGAGAGUUGCACAAACAACCAUUAACAGUGCAUUGGCUUUCAGGCUGACAUUUGAGGGAGUUGUCGGAAAUGGAUAUGCAGGAGAUAUUGCAAUUGAUGAUGUCCAACUUGCCAAUGGAGCCUGUGCACCCCCAGGGAGCUGUGACUUUGAAAGUAAUUUGUGUAGCUGGACUAAUCUUCAGGGUAAUGAUACUUUUGACUGGCAGAGAGCUACUGGCAGCACUCCAAGCUAUGGCACAGGGCCAAGAACAGAUCACACACUACAAACAAUUUACGGCUCUUUCAUGUACAUUGAAGCAUCUGCUCCAAGAACAACUGGUGACAAAGCAUGGUUAGCCUCUGAGACAUUUGAGAGUUCAAAGACACCAGUGCGCUGUAUGUCUUUCUGGUACAACAUGAAUGGUGUUCAAAUGGGAACCCUAAAUAUUCUGCAGUAUUUCUUUACAUCAAAUAUUCCAAAACAAGUUUACAGUAUUUCAGGCAACCAAGGUAGAGGAUGGAAACAGCACAGUGUGGAGCUCACAUCAACCUCUGGACUGGACUAUCAAAUCUUGAUUGAGGGUGUAGUUGGUGGUGUCUUGGGAGAUAUAGCUAUUGAUGACAUUUCCAUCACCUCUGGGCAUUGUACCAAUCCAACAGUGAAUCCAACUUGUCCCUUCAGAUGUUCUAAUGGGAUGUGCUUGAAAGAUAUAAAGAAUGUAUGUGAUUUUAACAGUGAUUGUCCAGCUGGGGAUGAUGAAGCAAACUGUGGUUUUAACUGUGAUUUUGAGCAAGGUCAUCCAGCAUGCAAGUGGAAUAGCACAUCCUCAGGAUUCCAGUGGAUAACUUCUCAAGGAUCAUCUGCAGGUCAGAGUUCCAAUAAACCUAGCAUUGACCACACCACAUUAGGACCAAAUGGCUAUUUUAUAUAUGUUGCUCCAAAAGCAGGAGUUUAUGCAAGACAAGCAGACCUAACGAGUCCAGUGAUUGGCCAAUCCUCAAGCACAUGCCAACUGUCAUUCUGGUAUCACAUGAAAGGUAGACAGACUCUUCGAGUCUAUCUCAAGGAUGUCAGUGGUUUCACCAGAACUCAGAUCUUUUACUUGACUGGAGAUCAAGGAGGAGCCUGGAAACAAGCAAUUGUACCCAUCGGAAGAAUGCAUUCUCGAUUCCAGGUGAUUAUCUCAGGACUACGCACCUACAGUGGAGUUGGUGAUAUUGCAGUUGACGACAUCAAUUUCCAGGGAUGUGCUUUCCCAACAUCAUCAUCUUGUAACUCUUUUGUUACAUUUAAAUGUGCAAGUGGAGCAUGCGUCUCCCAGAGUCGAGUCUGUGAUUACUCUGAUGAUUGUGGGGACAACACAGAUGAAGCCAAUACAACAUGCAAUGCAUACAACAGAUGUAAUUUUGAAAAUGGUCUGUGUGACUGGAGCCAACUAACAGAUGAUGACUUUGACUGGACGCUCCGUAAAGGUCCUACUCCCUCUGCUAGUACUGGUCCAACAAAAGACCAUACUCUGAAUUCAAAUACAGGACACUUUCUUUACAUAGAGACUUCUCGUCCAGCAAGACAAGGACAGAAGGCUAGAAUUGCAAGUCGAGCAUUCCAAGCAUCCACUUCUCAACCCUACUGCCAAUUCCGCUUCUUUUACUUCAUGUAUGGACGAACUGUAGAUACUCUCACUGUUUAUUACAGAAAUCAAAUAAAUGGACCUUUGUUUAAAGUCAUCUCUGUACAAGGAAAUGUUGGUGCCUAUUAUGCAAGACAAGUUGUGAACAUAAGAUCUUCUGCUCCAUUCCAAGUUGUUGUUGAGGCAACAGUAGGAGCUUCAUAUCUAUCAGAUAUUGCAAUUGAUGAUGUGUCCUUCUCAUCAGAUUGUCAUCCAUACUCUGGAAACUUGCCUAUGGGUACUCCUGCAACCACUGUGCCAACCACUCUUGGACCAUGCAGAGGAGGACAUCAGUGUGGUGACAUGUCAUGUGUUGCUCCUUACCAGGUUUGUGACUUUAUACCGCAGUGCUCAGACAGGUCUGAUGAAGCCGCCUGUGGUCAGUGUAACUUUGAACAGUCCAGCUGUGGAUGGAGUCCUGUCCAAGGUGGGAGAUACAUCUGGAAAAGACACAAUUCAUCUACGCCUUCUUCCUUCAAUGCACCAACGAAUGAUCACACGUAUGGAACCACUCAAACUGGAAACUACAUGUUCAUUGAUGCGUCUGUUGGUUCAUAUGCAACAGACACCAGACUAGUGUCUCCAAUGUUUGGCAAUCUAAGUUCCACAUGCAGUGUCUCUUUUGCCUACUACACCAAUGUAGGGCCAUUCAGCAUGCUCAGUCUUUACUUAUAUCCUCCAAACUCUGACCCAACAACUUCCAGUAGCAAUGUCUUUUAUAGACUGUGGACAUCAUUUAGGAGCGUAGGUAGUCAAUGGCAAAAUGCCACAGUGGGAAUUGGAAGUCGCGAUCCAGGAUACAAACUAGCUUUUGUAGCAAGAAACUUUGAUAGAAAUAGAGGAGGUAUUGCUAUUGAUGAUGUCAUCUUCAACAGCUGUGCUUUAGGACAAGUAACACAGUGUACUUCUAAUCAGUUCAAAUGUAAGAGAGGAUCUUGUGUUGAUAUAACAAGAAGAUGUGACUUUGCAAAUGAUUGUGGUGAUUAUUCAGAUGAAAUUGGCUGUAAUAGUUAUAAGGAAAGAUGUAAUUUCGAAACUGACAUCUGUAACUGGCAGCAAGAUAUUGGAGACCGAUUUGAUUGGUCUUGGAAACAAGGGUCAACGUCAACAUCUGGAACUGGACCAAACUUUGACCAUACUUAUGGAAACUCUACUGGCCAUUACAUCUACAUCGAAACCUCAUCACCUCGUCGACCAGGGGACAAAGCCCGCUUAUUGUCUCCAGUAUUCCAGCCUAACACUCAAGCUAAUAUGUGUCAGAUGAGAUUCUUUUAUCACAUGCAUGGACAAGACAUCAAUGCACUGAAUGUGUACAUAGAAAACUAUGAGAUGGGACCAAGAACCCCAGUCUUCCAGAAGAAUGGUUCUCAACCAGAUAUGUGGAUUCGAGCAAUGAUUGAUUUAACAAGUUCUCUUCCUUUCCGAGUUGUGAUUGAAGGUGUUAGAGGAAAUGGCUACCAUGGAGACAUUGCUAUUGAUGAUGUGUCUUUCACCAGUGGCUGUAAAUUGACUACAGGACCUCUUCCACAAGCUCUCACCACAGUCGGUCCAUGUGGAGCUGGAAAAGGACAGUGUGCAAAUGGACAAUGUAUCAAGGCAAAUAUGUUCUGUGAUUUUAAUAGAGACUGUUCAGAUGGAAGUGAUGAAAGCUCUUGCCCAAGCACAUGCAAUUUUGACAAUGGACAAUUCUGUAAAUGGCAAAAUGAUUUGAAUACUAAUACUUUGAAUUGGACCAUAGGAAGUAACAACAAUCCCAGUCCCUGUCCAACAACUGAUCACACAACUUCAUCAGCUGGAGGAAAAUUUGCUCUGAUCCAGACUGCUGGCACCAGCUACAGCAGAAAAUUGGCAAGACUGGUGAGUCCCAUGUACUACCAAGCAGGAACAGCAUGUACCUUUACAAUGUGGUAUAACACCAAUGGAACAGGCAUAGCCCAUUUAGGAGUCUACAUCACACAAGGAGAAAGUUACACUAAUAUAUGGACAAUGACAUCCACUCAACUUAGAGCCAACCAAAUGGUAUGGAAGAAAGCAGUAGUAUCACUGCCAAAAUGUCCAAUGAAUUUCAAGUUAACAAUUGAAGUAGCAACAUUUGGAAGACAGGUCAACUAUUUGGCCAUUGAUGACCUAGCCUUCACACAGUGUCAUUACCCACCUCCAGCAUCCUCUUGCCAAUUAGGACAAUUCACUUGUAGUUCCGGAAACUGUGUUCCACAGAAUCUUAAAUGCGACCUCCAAAGGGACUGCUGUGAUGGAUCUGAUGAAAGUCAUAGCACCUGUUCAGGAUAUCAACAGUGUAACUUUGAAUAUGGACUGUGUUCAUGGCAGCAAUCCACUGCAGAUAGUUUUGACUGGCAAAGGCACCAAGGACCAACCAACUCAUUUAACACAGGACCCACUGCAGAUCAUACCUAUGGAACAAGGACAGGAUAUUACAUGUACAUCGAAUCUUCUAGACCACAGAGACCUAAUGAUACUGCACAACUGAUCUACAAUCUGAAUGUCCCAACAUCACCCUGUGCAUUGAGACUCUGGUACCAUAUGUAUGGCCAGAAUGUUGGUCAACUUAACGUUUAUAUUAAAACUCUCAAUCGUGGAACAGUUCUCUUGAAGAGCAUCUCAGCCAAUCAAAAUCAAACAUGGCACAGACUUGAAGUCAGUCUUCAAAGCAGUACUCCAUACCAGGUUGUGAUAGAAGGAAAGGUUGGAGUCGGAUAUCUUGGUGACAUUGCCAUUGAUGACAUCAGCUUCACCCCAGGUUGUGGAGGAGGCAUCACUCCCCCACCAGCUGUGACUACCCCAGCCCCAAACACUUGUGGAGAGAGCCAGUUUGCUUGUGGAGAUGGUACUUGCAUUUCUUUAUCCAAGGUCUGCAACUUCCAAACUGACUGCAAAGACAACUCAGAUGAAAACCAGUGUCCACAGACUUGCAACUUUGAACAGGAUACAUGUGGAUGGCAGGAACUUCCACUAGAUCAGUUUGAUUGGACAAGAGCCAAUGGAGUUUCAACAACUUCAAACAGAAACAUGGCACCAAACACAGAUGACACCUACAAGAACCAGAAUGGUUACUAUAUGUACAUCAAUGAUAAGACCGGUGGUCAAACUCAAGGGCUAGUCGCAGGACUCCAAAGCUCAGCCUACAAGUCUGCAAAUUCAGACUGUAAAAUAUCCUUUGCUUACUACACAACAGGGUCCAGUUUGGGAAGUCUAUAUCUGUAUAUAGUAGAAAACAAUGCUCUGACACCACUGUGGAGAUUAAUACCUUUCCAUAAUAGAAUAGAUGACCAAUGGCACAGCGUCACAGUAGGAAUUGGAAGGAGAAACUCAGACUUCAACAUGCUUUUCAAAAAAUCCACAGCCCACUACAAUGGCAUCACAGCAUUGGACGACAUCACCUAUACUGACUGCAGAAUGAGGCCCCCGGUCACUCAGUGCAACACUGCCACCCACUUCUGGUGUUCCAACAAAGUGUGCAUUCCCCAAAACAAGCAGUGUGACAAUGUGGAUGACUGUGGAGAUGGCAGUGAUGAGGGAAGCCUGACCUGUAAUGGCUACACACGAUACAACUUUGAGCAGGGAACAGGAAAUCUGAUUCAAGGACAAAAUGGAGUGGACGACGACUUUGACUGGACCCUGUUUGCUGGAAAGACUCAGUCUUCUUUUACUGGACCUCAGUGGGAUCACACCUAUGGAAAUAGUAGUGGACAUUAUCUGUACAUGGAAGCCUCCAGGCAAAAGUUUAAUGCAAAGGCAUGGAUUCUGACCAGCCCCUUCUACAGAACCAAUGGCAGGAACUGUGUCAUGAGACUGUACUACUUUAUGUAUGGACUCUACAUCAACCAGCUCAAUGUGUAUGCUAGAAUGUACUCCUCUGGACCGCCCACCCACACUCUCUUUACAAGAUCUGGAGAGCAGGGUGCCUACUGGCAAGAGAUUGUCCUCCCAUUGAACUACUCCAGUGACUUCCAGAUCAUCUUCGAAGCCAAGGUGGGUGACAGUUUCCUGGGAGACAUUGCCAUUGAUGAUAUCAGCUUUACCCCAGGCUGUGUGGCAUCUAGCACCUCCCUACCGCCCCCACCGACCUCUCAGGGUCCCAGUGGGUCCACGGUACGUCCCCCGGUCAUCCCGGGCCAGUCCAACUGUAACCCCAACACCCAGUUCAUGUGUGUGUCGGACAGAAGCUGCAUCAGUAAGAACCAGGUGUGUGACUUCAGGAAGAACUGCGCCGAUGGAUCUGAUGAAGCCAAGUGUGUGCCUACAUUUUGUGGAUUCACCAAUGGCAGUCUUUGUAACUGGAAAAUCAAAGCCUCUCAAUCAGGCCGCCCUGAUCAGACCUUCAAAUGGAAGGUGGACACAGCAGGUAAUGCAAGCCCAGGGGACUACAGGCCAACAGAGGAUCAAGAGGGCAAGCGUGGAGGAUGGUAUGUUUGGGCUGAUAGUUCCCCAGGAGCCUUCAGGGACACCACAGAAUUAUACACACCUAUGAUCAGACAGACUGGUCCCCAGUGUAAGGUUGUUCUUUAUUACUGGAUGCAGGGACAUGCAAGGCACUCCAUGGAGAUUUACCUCCAAGUCAAUAAUCGCACUGAGCAUUUAUGGGCAGGAGAAGACGACCAUGGAACCGAGUGGCAGCACUUAGAAGUGUUCAUUGGUCCGCGACAGAACUUUAAUCUCUUCAUCCAAGCACGAAGAGGUCGCUCAUUCACAGGUGACCUGUCAGUUGACAGUAUCAACUUUAUCAACUGUCAGCCCCCCAUUGCUCUCCCACAGGGCUGCCCUGCCAACAAUUUCCAGUGUAACAAUGGCUACUGCGUCAAACAAAACUUAAAGUGUGACUACUCCAAUGACUGUGGAGACAGCUCAGAUGAAAUUGCUGUGGAAUGUGACCAGACCUACAAAGGCCGCUGUAACUUUGAACACGGUAUCUGUCCCCAGUGGAAGAACGACCCCUCGGCCAAGAUUCCAUGGAGCCUCUCGUCAUCCCACACUGCCACUGCAGGAACUGGACCUCUCGGAGAUCACACAACUAGAACCAGCUCUGGAACAUAUCUGUACAUUGAAAGCUCAAGUCCUCAGAAACCAGGAGAUACUGGUCGCUUGAACUCGGCAACCAUUAAAGGAACAUCUCGAGACUGCACACUGAGACUAUACUUCCACAUGUUUGGGACCAACAUCGGAACCCUCAACGUUAAGAAGCGAUACAGCUUUGUUACCGAGGAUCUGGAACCUCUGUUUUCAUGGAGUGCUAAUCGCGGAGAUUUCUGGUACAGAUUCGAACAGAACUUGACAACUAGUGACACAAGAGACUUUGAGGUCGUGAUUGAGGGUAUAGUUGGAAAUGGUUACUUUGGAGACAUCGCAAUUGAUGACAUUUCCUUGACACCAGGCUGUCAAUUUGCAGUCAAUCAGAUUCCGGGAGUCCCCACCCCUGCUCCCACUGUCCCCGGGGCUUGUGGAGCCAACCAACUAAGCUGUAAAAAUAGGAACUGUUACAGCCAAUCACAGAAGUGUAACUUCCGAGAUGACUGUGGAGAUAACAGUGACGAGGCCAACUGUGGUACCUCCUGUAAAUUUGAGUCUGGACUUUGUGGCUGGCAUAACUCUCUCAGUGACAACUUGGACUGGAAACUACUGUCAGGUCCCACCCCCAGCCGGAGCACCGGACCCCAGAAUGACCACACCUUUGGAACAGCAGCUGGUCACUACCUAUAUGUGGAGAGCUCCACCCCGGCCCACCCCCAGGACAAGGCUCUCCUGGAGAGCGCUGUGUACUACCAGUCCGGACCCAACUGUAACCUCACCUUCUGGUACAACAUGAAUGGCCGACAGAUCGGAACUCUCCAAGUCCUGCUCAAGACCAGCAUCAGUAACCAGCUUCUGACUCUGUGGCAGAAGACAGGCAAUCAAGGAACCGCCUGGAAACAGGCCACCGUCCCGAUCAGCAGCAACAGCCAGUUUGCCAUCGUCUUUGAGGCAAAGACCGGGUCUGGCUACCUGGGAGAUAUUGCCAUUGAUGACAUCACCUACUCUGGCUGUGAUACAGGUCAAACAGUUGCCAGCUGUCAGCCUACCCAGUUCUUGUGUUCCAACCAGUUGAUGUGUAUUGACAGAAGAUAUCGAUGUGAUGAGAAGGUCGACUGCAGCGAUGGAUCUGAUGAAGACAACUGCAGGCCAUUCAAUGGAGACUGUAGUUUUGAGACUACCCUGGGCCAGUGCCAGUGGACCCAGAGUUCUGGAGAUGAUGGCGACUGGACAAUAGCCUCUACAUCACUGAAUGGUCCAAAGAGAGACCACAGAAACACUGCUACAGGCCACUUCAUCUACAUGGACAGCUCCAAACAAAAUCCAGGGGAUGUGCUCCGAAUCCAGACACCUUUCUUCCCUGCCAGCCACGGGGUCUGUUACAUCAGGUUCUGGUACUAUAUGUUUGGAUCACCCAGCAUGGGACCACUGAAAGUGUUCCUACAGAACAGGAAUGGAAACACGACGGAUCUAUUCUGGGAGAUGGCGGGUAGCCAGGGCAUGCAGUGGAACUAUGUCAACAUCCCGCUGGGAAGUGCUCAGGACUUCUCCGUCAUCUUUGAAGCCACAAGGGGAGACCAGGGCAAUUCAGAUAUUGCUGUGGAUGAUGUUUCUUUUACUCCAGAAUGCAGCACAGGAGUAUCACCUGCUGCACCAAGCCAUACAGUCUGUUACCAAGGAACCUUUUACUGUGCACCCUUAAAACAGUGUUACCCUAACGACUGGAAGUGUGACGGUACUCGGGACUGUCCUGAUGGGUCUGAUGAACCCAACACCUGUCCCACGACCCCACCAGUCACAGGUCAAGUUGGCCCAACUACCACCCACAAACCAAAGACCCUGUCAACAACCCCUGCCCCUCUUACCACUACCGCCCACGUCCUUCCCAACAACUGCCCCCAGUCGAAGUUCCAGUGUAGUGACGGCACCUGUAUACCGCUCCUACUUCUGUGUGAUGCUGUAGCUGACUGUCCAGAUGGGUCAGACGAGACUCCUAGCAACUGUCCUAUUACCAAAUGUGAUGUCGGGUUUUAUUACUGUAAAAAACAAAGACAAUGCAUCAAUGGCAGCCGUUGUGAUAAUGUAGAUGACUGCGGGGACAAAACAGAUGAAAGCGUGUGCGGCAAUGCCUGUCCUCCAAAUUUCUGUCAAGGUGGAUCUGUCUGUCAAAAGACUGGACUGAAAACAUUGUCUUGCAGCUGCCCUACUGGUCUGAAUGGAAUUCGGUGUCAGUAUAGAGAAAGCAAAGUACAGCGGCAUGCAGGAAAUGCCCCGUCAUCUUCAUCGGGCUGGAAGGCAGGAGUGGGUGUAACCGUGGGACUUGUUGCUGUGGUUGCCUUGGUGAUAGCUGGCUAUUUCUUGUGGAGAAGACAAAGAGAAAGGAACUUUAAUGAGAGACUUGGAAUUGGUUUGGAAAAUCCCACUUACGACGGAGCAGACAUGCCUUCAGAUUUUCAGAUGAAUCCAAUGGAAGAUCCCUUUCAAGGAGUGAGAAUGACUUCAGACGCAACCUCCAUUGAAAAUCCACUUUAUCAGGAGGCUUAAACAAAACACUGACCAAACAAUGAGAAUAUGAACAAUACUCAAACUGUGAUUUUUUUUUUAAAUAAUGCUCCCAAGUUUUCAAAAUACUCAAAUCUAUAUGUGUUUACAGAUGUUUUUUGUACUUGUUAUAUUUGAUUUAUUUAAUAAAGUUAUACUCAAAAUUAA